AUGGCGAUCUGUCUGAUCGAUGCCAUCAGGAAUGGCGAUUUGAAAACAGCAAAGAAGAUGCUACAACAGAGCACUUUUCCGAACAUUGAUGCUCAAACGUGUCGCCGAGACGGCACUGCACUGUAUUGGGCGUGUAGCCUUGGGUUCUUGGAUAUACUACAAUUGCUGCUUCUCCAGGGCGCCAAUAUCAGUACCCGGACAGAGUGGGGGGCCACACCCCUUUCUGCUGCAUCCGAUAAUAACCACACGCAAAUCGUAAGAAUCCUGUUGAAGCUGGACUGUGACGUGAAUUCAAAGACAAGUGCUGGUAACACGUCGUGUCACCUGGCAGCUUACCGAGGGUUCUCUACUGUUGUACAAUUGCUGGUCGAGGGUGGAGCCGAUAUACGGUUACGUAACAACAAAGGCCAGACUGCAGUAGAUUUGGCAAAGAACGCUGGGCACACCAAGAUUGCUACUUAUCUCAAUGCUGUGUCCGAAAUAUUUCAAACUAAGGAGUUGGUCAACAGACAGAAGGCACCAGCUAGUACCAGUAAAUUGAACGUUCGGGUAGUGACAAAGUCAGAUAAACCAGUUCUUAACACACGAGUACACGACAACACAUUGGACAACUACACACCAAGGUCGCACGUGCCUUACACACCCACCUCUCGGACUAUAAAAUGUGCCAAAGAAGGAUUUACUAAUUCUGUGUGUCAAUUUUUAGAAAAUGACUUAAAUGAUUUAUCUACUUCAUGUCCUGAGAAACGUAAGAUGUCAUACAACAAUAUUGUGACGUUAGGUCAGUGACGUCACAAAACGUCUCGUUUUAUCAAUAAGAAAUCCGUUAAUCAUAAAUGUGGGCAUUGUGUGGUAAAGAACGGGUCUUUGUUUCUAUUUUUAGAGUAUACCUAAACAGGUCCUAUUGUAACCGUAACUUUUUGUGUGCACGUGUGUAUAGUAUACAUAUUUCAGGUCACCAAAUAAAAAGUAAGAGUACAUUAAAUUUGUAAGUUUAACGUCUAUACAAAUAGAAUAUUAUUAACGUCUAUACAAAUAGAAUAUUAUUAACGUCUAUACAAAUAGAAUAUUAUUAACGUCUAUACAAAUAGAAUAUU